GGGGGGGCGGCUGCGCGAGCGGGGCCGCGCGCGAGAUUGCUCCAGGUCUUGGCUGUCCGUGCUGACAUGGUGACCGAGCGGUGGCUUUCGGCGGCAGGCGGACAGGGACAGCUGCUCCGCAGAGGCUAGCAGGAACAGCCUGGUGGGGUCCAUCUUGGAUAGACGCGGAUGAUGCCAGAGCUAUGACAGGGAUUGCAGUCUUGGCACUGAGGGGUGAUCAAUUAUGGAACAACUACAGGAGGAAGUACCUGAGGUCAAGGAAGAGGAAGAGGAAGAGGCAGUGAUGGUGGCAAGUGGAGCCUCAGAGCCAACUGGAGGACCAGACAGCUCGCUGCCUUCAAGCAGCUACACAGACCUGUCGCAGAGCUCCUCUCCCUCGCUGUCGGACCAGCUGCAGAUGGGCUGCGAGGAGGCGGCGCUGGGAGCGCUGAACGUGGAGUGCAGGGUCUGUGGAGACAAAGCCUCGGGCUUCCACUACGGCGUGCACGCCUGCGAGGGCUGCAAGGGUUUCUUCCGCCGGACGAUCCGCAUGAAGCUGGAGUACGAGAAGUGUGAGAGGAGCUGCAAGAUUCAGAAGAAGAACAGAAACAAGUGCCAGUACUGCCGCUUCCAGAAAUGCCUCUCUCUGGGCAUGUCACACAAUGCAAUCCGCUUUGGGCGCAUGCCAGAGGCAGAGAAGAGGAAGCUGGUGGCAGGGCUGACAGCGAGCGAGAUCGGCUGCCAGAACCCACAGGUGGCUGACCUGAAAGCUUUCUCCAAGCACAUCUACAACGCCUACCUGAAGAAUUUCAACAUGACCAAAAAGAAGGCAAGAGGUAUCCUGACCGGCAAGGCCAGCAGCACCCCACAGCCUUUUGUGAUCCAUGACAUGGACACCUUGUGGCAGGCAGAGAAGGGGCUGGUGUGGAAGCAGCUGGUGAAUGGCAUCCCCCCCUACAAGGAGAUCGGGGUGCACGUCUUCUACCGCUGCCAGUGCACCACGGUGGAGACCGUGCGGGAGCUCACCGAGUUCGCCAAGAGCAUCCCCAGCUUCAUCGGCCUCUACCUGAACGACCAAGUGACUCUGCUCAAGUACGGGGUGCACGAGGCCAUCUUCGCCAUGCUGGCCUCCAUCAUGAACAAGGACGGGCUGCUGGUGGCCAACGGGAACGGCUUUGUGACCCGCGAGUUCCUGCGCAGCCUGCGCAAGCCCUUCAAUGAGAUCAUGGAGCCCAAAUUUGAGUUUGCCGUGAAGUUCAACGCGCUGGAGCUGGAUGACAGUGACCUGUCCCUGUUUGUGGCUGCCAUCAUCCUGUGUGGAGACCGCCCUGGCCUGAUGAACGUGAAGCAGGUGGAGGAGAUCCAAGACAACAUCCUGCGAGCGCUGGAGUUCCACCUGCAGUCCAACCACCCCGAUGCCCAGUACCUCUUCCCCAAGCUGCUGCAGAAGAUGGCUGACCUGCGACAGCUGGUGACAGAGCACGCCCAGCUGGUGCAGAAGAUCAAGAAGACAGAGACAGAGACAUCUCUGCACCCACUUCUGCAGGAGAUCUACAAGGACAUGUACUAAGGACCUGUUAUUUAUGAGAAUGAAGCCAUGGAUUCCCCUCAAGACUCUUUGUACAGAAACAAAGAAAACCCUUCCCAGUGUCUUCCAUUUCUCCUACUGGAAACUUUUCUAUGAGACCCUGACGUACGGUACAUAGGGCGAGACGCCGUCAGGAUUUGCAGGUGCCUCCUGCUCGGCCAGGGCUUCCGUUAACACACACUAACAAAUCUGCAAAGCUGCUGCUCCCCUUCUUGUGGCCCAGCUCUGGCUGCCCAGUUUACACGGCUCAGGCAGCGAGGGCACUGUGGCACCUCAGGUCCCCAGGGUGGGGAGCCCUGGUCCUUAGGAGGGCCAAGGGGGGCAGGGGCCAGCAGGGCUGACAGCAGCACUUACAGUGUGUCUGUGUUCUCUUGUUCGUUUGCACUCCAAGGACGUGGUCCUGGGCCAUGGAGUCUGGGACAGUGUGGUGAAAGGAUGUUUCUCUCUUUCCCAAAGAAAAGCUCUGGAGUAUUUGAACACGAGUAGGGCUGUCCCAGGGGAGACCCUCAGCUGCAGUGUGUUCCUGUCUCCCAGGGGGACUGUGUGAACUCUGCCUUCCUGGGUGCUGGGUGGGAGCCUUUGCUCCUGGUACCCUCGUUCCAUAGGGAA